AUGGAUGAAGUGUUGGAUGAUAACAAGAAAUUAGCUACUGAGAACAAGAAAGUUUCUGAUCGUGAAAGAAUUCUUGAAAUGCGUGUGAAGAGGUUGGAGGGUGAUAACAAAGAGUUGUUGAAGAAGAUUGACAGUUAUCAAUCGGAGAUAGAUAUUUUGAAAGUGCGAGUUGCUAAGCUUGAAGAAGAAAAAGCUCGAAGAGAUGAACAAAAUGAAUACUUCAAGAUGAAAAACAAAGAGUUAGAAGCGGCUAAAGCAUUAAGAGAUCAUGAGUUCUAUAUGUUGAAUAAAGUCGUUGAAAGUAUGCUUGGAACGUCUGUAGAGCAAAAAUUUGAAGAAUUGCAAGUUGAGGAACUCAGGGCACAACGUCAAGCAGAGAUUGAUGAACAAAUGAAAAAUAAAGGUAAAAGCGCUGAAGGAAGUUCUGCAGUGACAGAGAGAUCGAUUGUUCCUUCCAUGGUUGUUGAAAAUCCUGAACCUAUCUCUGCUAUAUCUGGUCUUUUUGAAGAAGAUACACCUCUUGAAGAGUUAAUGGAAUCAUGGGGAGUUGAUGGAAAGGGGGAGUCGAGUGAUGCACAAAAUGUUCAACAUGCCGAGAAGUUAAUCCUGAGGUUGGAUACUUACAGAGAAGAAGGCGAACAUUUUCAUACGUACACGUUGGAAGCAAUUAAAGAAAUGACUCGCAUGGUGAAUCCUGAUUUUAAGUUCGAUUUUGAAGAAGAAUUGAACGCCUUCGACAUCAAUCAGCAGCCUGAAUAUGAGUAUAAGUAUGUUGAAGAUGCUGACAUGUAUGACAGAGUCGAAGUUGAAGAUUUGAUGGAUGAUGAAAGUGUUAGCGAAGAUACUUCUCAGCUGCCUACGCUGAUGGAGUUCUUUACAGAAGAAAAUCGAGAUGAAUUGAGAAGGAAAUUAUCUGAAAUCUUGAAAGAUAAAAACUUUGAUGGCACUCCCAAAGAUAUGGCAAAGGAAGAACGGAAAAAGUGGUUCAAAGACAGUCACGAGAGGAAGUUCAAAAGACCAUUAAAGUACUAUCAACGUGAUCGAAGUGUGUCUCUCAGUGACAUCAUUAGCUGGGGUUUCUUACCUCAAGCGAAUGCUUACGCAAUCAGAAGAGAAUGUGGGGUGCAGUACUUUGAAUAUCUAUAUGAUGUGAUGUCAUUACCCUGGUGGGAUGUGGAGGAGCUUUCUAAAGUUAGAACUCUUGGGUAUUCGGUGCGAAAGAAUAAUAUUCCGAUGUGGGGGUAUAUCAAGUUUUAA